GAGAUCGUUACCGAGGUUCGCAUUUCGACUGAAAUCUUCCUAUUACGCUUCCGGAUUCGUAACCUCGUGCUUUCUUCGGAGCUGGUGAAACCCUUAUCUGUCACGAUGAUAUUUACCGAGAAGAACGUCGGAUUUCUCCUAAUAACUGUCACGUGUCUCCUAGUGAUACACUGUGAUACAUCGUGUAUAGGAAAGACUAUACUGAGGUCCGGUGGUAUAUCGUGUGAAGAGAAACAGAUUAUCCUGGACGAACACAAUCGAUUGAGGCAACUAGUGGCACUGGGACAGAUACAUGGUCAACCUGGCGCAGCGAAUAUGAUGGAGAUGAUAUGGGAUGACGAACUUGCUGCGAUAGCACAAAGAUGGGCGGAUCGUUGCACCGAGUCACAUGACAGUCUAAGAAAUGUCCGUAGAUUCGCAGUAGGACAGAAUAUCGCUCGCUCAUGGACGACUAGGCCCCCGGGACCUUACGACGGUGAGCCGAAUUGGAGACGACAAAUUUCUGGCUGGUUCAACGAGGUACAAUACUAUCACUCCGGUUAUAGCAAAACGACCGGACACUACACGCAGUUGGUGUGGAGCGACACUUUCCUGCUGGGAUGCGGAUAUUCGUUUUACUACGACCCCGCUCGCGGGUACACCAAGAAUUACGUAUGCAACUACGGGCCGAGCGGGAACGUACUCGGUUAUCAACCUUAUCAAUCGGGUCAACCUGCAUGCGGCAAUUACGGAAUGUCCUACAGCAACAGAUACGCCGGAUUGUGUUCUCGUGGAAGUUAUUAUCACCUCGGAGCUCUAUGUGUAUAUGGAUAGUAUUAUAUAUGGAUAUUUAUGAAGAAUAUCAAUCAACAAUGGCGAAUUGUUUUCGCUAAUAGAGCAAUCAGUUGCAUUACGUAAAUUGUAAUUAGUAAGUUUUGUCGAUUAAGAAACAGCUGAUUCGCGUGUUGUCAAUUUAUAUAAACGACAAUAAGGCGAAUUAUGCUUAUUACCAUGUAAAUAUGUGUCUACGAGAUUGUAAUAUUGAAUUAGUCAAAUGCAGUCAAGGCCGCCGAGAGAGCAAAUUCAAGUGAAGAAAUUUCUCUGGUUUCUCUUUCUCUCAAUCCGCCGCGAGCUGACUGGAAAUCCUUAUACGCAAAAUAUGUAUUCAUGAUGGAAAAAAAACGCUACAAGCAAAUGCAAAUAU